GUAUUAUUUUUUUAUAUUUUUGAGAGUUUUAAACAUCGAUAAGUUACUUGUUUUGAAAUAUUGAUAAUAAUCAGUUAAUGUGUAGUUAAAAAAUCAGAUAAUUAUCUCAAAGAACUGUUGAGAGAAGUUUUAAUAAAAUCACUCAAAAUGCGGUGGUAUAUUCCAGUAAUUACCAUUUUUGUUACAAUAACGAUAGUUAUAUUUAUUCUAAUAUCACAAGGCAUAUUUUCAUCGAAUGGAAGUAACAGCAGUAACUCAACAAAUUUAACAGAUUUUGCGUCGGGUAGACGAUCAAAUGACAACAUGCCAAAAGAUAAUAAAGAAUCAGUUUCAAUAGAAAAUUUAACAAAUGGUAUCAACUAUUUGGGUUUACAAAUUACCAAAGAUAUUCAUCAUGAACCCACAUUGGGUGGAUCCAGUGAAAUGUCUAAUCAAACGCAGACAAUUGCAUUUUCACCAUUUAAUAUAGCAGAGGCGUUGUAUCUCUUACUUAUUGGCUCAGCCGACAAAACAUUUGAUGAAAUUGCAACAGUAAUGAAACUUAACGAUCCAAAAUUUAACAUUCAAUAUAAUUCACAAAAAGUACACGAACAGUUCGGUGUUUUACUACAAUCCUUGGAAAAUUUUACUGAAACAACAUUAAAAUUAACCACAGCAAAUGGAUUAUUUGUACAAAAGGAGUAUCCAAUUGGUCGUAAAUAUAAAGAAAUGAUUACAAAUAUUUAUAAGAGCGAAGUACAAUCUUUGAAUUUUGUUAAUAAUGCUGCAGAAGCACAAAAUACUAUCAAUCAAUGGGUAUCGGAUAAAACAAAUGGAAAAAUUACAGGUAUUUUAGUAGAACCACCACCACCAAAUACAAAGGUCAUCUUGAGUACAGCAUUGUAUUUCAAAGGAGCUUGGGAACAUCCAUUUUCUGACUCAGCUACACAUUUGCGGGCAUUUUAUCCAAAUGGUCGAGAAAAUAAAAACGAUUCAAUUAUGGUGGAUAUGAUGUUAAACUAUGGUGACUUCCUUUACCAUCAUAACAAAGAACAAGACUGCGAAAUAUUCUCCUUACCAUACAAAGGUGAUGUAGUAUCCAUGUAUAUAAUUGUACCAAAAAAAUCCACCAAAGCUAAAUUAUCAAAAUUAGAAAAAAAUUUAACUGACGAAGUUGUUCAACAAUUGAUCAAUGAAUUAAAAAUAACGAAAGCAGCUAUAAUGAUGCCAAAAAUGAAAAUCGAAUCCACAACAUCGUUAACAUCAAUAUUUAAACAUAUUGGUGUACAAAAAUUAUUUGAUCCAAUCGGAGCUAACCUUAAUAUUUUAUCACCUGGUGAAUCUGACGUGCCUUCAUCGUUAUCAAUUGAUGAAAUACGGCAUACUAUGAAGGCUGUACCAGCUACAUCAAAAUUAUAUGUCGAAGAAAUUAUACACAAAGUUUAUAUAGACAUUAACGAGAGUGGAACAGAAGCAGCUGCCACAACUGAUGUUUUAAUACCUCGAAGUGGAGGGCUACGAAUGUUAAUCUUAGAUCAUCCAUUUAUGUUCUUUAUUCGACAUAAUCCAACGAAUGUUAAUUUAUUCUAUGGAUAUGUUGAUUCACCACCACCGUCUAAAGAUGUCACAAAUUCAACGUGAAAGUAUUAUUAUUGAUGUGAAUGAAAUGUAUUGUUCCUAGAAGUACAAAAGAGUGAGGUAAUGAUAGGAAAAUUAAAGUGGGGGUAAUUUUUAAUAAAUGUGUUAAUACCAAAAUAUUUAAUUUUAAGUGCCU